AUGGAUUUCAAGACUGCAUGUGAAGAGUCAAAGACAGGGAUUUGUUUGCUACAGGAUGGUAAUCAGGAGCCUUUCAAAGUGCGGCUGCACUUAGCCAAAGAUAUUUUGACAAUUCAAGAACAAGAUGUCAUCUGUGUGUCUGGUGAACCAUUUUAUUCUGGAGAAAGAACUGUAACAAUUAGAAGACAAACUGUAGGAGGAUUUGGAUUAAGUAUAAAGGGAGGAGCAGAGCAUAAUAUUCCUGUGGUGGUUUCUAAAAUUUCCAAAGAACAACGAACGGAACUCUCAGGCCUACUGUUCAUAGGAGAUGCAAUUCUACAGAUUAAUGGAAUUAAUGUAAGAAAAUGCAGGCAUGAAGAAGUGGUCCAGGUUCUUCGGAAUGCUGGAGAAGAGGUAACCCUAACUGUGUCCUUUCUCAAAAGAGCGCCUGCAUUUCUGAAACUGCCCCUUAAUGAAGAUUGUGCAUGUGUCCCUAGUGAUCAAAGUAGUGGCACAUCCUCACCUCUGUGUGACAGUGGUUUACAUCUUAACUAUCAUCCCAAUAAUACGGAUACGCUUUCGUGUUCUUCAUGGCCGACAUCUUCAGGUGUUAGAUGGGAAAAGAGGUGGUGUGACCUCCGAUUAAUACCUCUUCUUCAUUCAAGAUUUUCUCAGUAUCUCCCAGGAUCAGAUAUGUGCAGGCAAAAUGCAUUCCAAGUAGUUGCUGUGGAUGGUAUUUGCAGUGGAAUAAUUCAGUGUCUUUCUGCUGAAGACUGUAUUGACUGGCUACAAGCAAUAGCGAUUAAUAUCUCCAAUCUCACAAAGCACAAUAUUAAAAAAAUCAACAGGAAUUUUCCCGUAAACCAGCAGAUAGUCUACAUGGGCUGGACUGAGGAACGGGAACAAGAUUCUCUUCAGGACCGAAUGUACACACCAAAGUUUCUUGCACUAAGGGGUUCUUCACUUUAUAAAUUUUUAGCACCUCCAGUUACAACGUGGGACUGGACCCGAGCUGAAAGAACAUUUUCUGUAUAUGAGAUCAUGUACAAAAUAUUCAAGGACAGUGAUAUACUGGAUCGGCGAAAACACUGCUUUGGAGUACAAUCUGAAAUGGGAGAGGAUCUCUACUUCUCUGUGGAAUUAGAAUGUGAUCUCAUACUAUGGGAAAAGGCCUUCCAAUCAGCAACUUUUUUAGAAGUGGAGAGAAUACAGUGUAAGACAUAUGCCUGUGUUUUGGAGAGUCAUCUUAUGGGGCUUACCAUAGACUUUGGCAUGGGCUUUGUAUGCUUUGAUGCUGCAACAAAGGCUGUACUAUGGCGGUACAAGUUUUCCCAGCUUAAAGGGUCUUCAGAUGAUGGCAAGAGCAAAAUUAAAUUUUUAUUUCAAAAUCCCGACACUAAGCAGAUUGAAGCAAAGGAAUUGGAAUUUUCAAAUUUAUUUGCAGUUCUGCAUUGCAUCCACUCAUUCUUUGCAGCUAAAGUGGCCUGCUUGGACCCACUCUAUGUUGGCAGUCAAGCCACAACUGCCACUACUUCUGCUUCUGUUGCUUCUUCUUCUUCUGCUACUACUACUGCCACAUCUUCUGGCAGCUGCAAAUUAAAAUAUAUGACUUGAUAACUCCCAGUCCUGUACUUGUUUCCUUCCGCAAGUAUAUAAGACUGCUGUAUAAAUAUUUAUCGGCUUAUUCCUUGGAGAACAGCAAGCAUUAGAACCGACUCAAGACAUGUGGCAACUUUCUGCGGAACAUGGUCAUACGGGAUCAUAAAUUAAAUCUCAAUUUUACAAAGCAGCAGUACACAGUGAAGUUGGAAAUCCCAUUGUGGAACAAUCUCUUUUUAAUUUGUAAUUUGUUUGUGCUUUGACAGCAUUCAAAGAAAAAGAAACAAAAA